GACCGAUGACAACGUUUGACAUGUUGACAUGAAUUUAAAUUUCUUGUUUAUGUGAUUUUUUGUUAUUUAUAAUAAUUAUUUCGAAUAAACCAUGAACAUGGAAAUAAAUAACCAAAGGGAUCGAAUAGCUAAACUGAAGAUUAACAACAAAGUUUAUAACAUAUACGAUGGUUUAAAUACAGUGGGGCGCCAAAGAGAAGCUACUGUUAAUAUUAAAAAUUUGAAUGUAAGCCAAAACCAUGCAGUUAUCAUAACAUUAAAAGGUGAACAUUUCGUAACCGAUUUGAAUUCAAGCAAUGGAACGUAUUGUGAUAACAUAAGAAUUCCCCCCUUUAAGUUACAGCAGGUUAAACACAAUUCAAAAAUAAAAUUUGGAGAUGUAUUGGGUACUUAUACUACAGAGGAGUUAGAUUUGGAUUUGACAGAAAAUGUUGAAGCUACUCAAGAUUUUACGCAAACAUUUUAUGGAAGAAACACUCAAAUUGUUGAUACAACAUUUAAUAAUAACAGUGAAGUGGAGGAUAUUCACGAAGCUCCCACACAAGUUGUGCCAUUUUCACAGUUUAAAAUACCAAGAAGUGUGACAAUUGUUGAAGAAGACAUACAUGAAGCUAUCACUCAACCAUUUGAUAUUGUGAAAGCAAAAAAUGAAUCAAACAAAAGUAAUGAGCUUUCUAUUUCCACCAAUGAAACUAUAAAUAAGGAAAAUGUAGAACCCACAAAAAAUACAAAUGCAGAUUUUCCAUCAUCAAGUAUGUUAAUAGAUAUGCAUAAUAUAGCAGAUGGUUGUCACAAUGAUUAUUUACCAUUUCUUGAAAAUAAAGAUAGCUUUGUGUGCGAAUCCAAUGACAGUAAUCAGAAAUCUGGUAGCAGUAGUGAAUCAGCAAGACAAAUUGUUGAUUAUGAGUCAGUCGAACCAUGCAUUGCUAAUGAAGAUGUAGCACAGACCAGUAUACAGGAAGACAGAAUUGAAAAUAAUGAUAACUUGGAUUGCUUGGAUGAAGAUGAAUUAACAGAUUGUGAAGAUAAUGUAGCAGUAGAAGAGAUCCCGAAGACAAAUAAUGAGAUUUUAGAUCACAACAGUAAUGAUUCAACUGAUUUGCUGAAAAUGGAUCCCAAAUCAGAUGUCUCAAAGACGGUCAUUGAAUCUGAUGGUACAGACCCUGUUGAAGAAACAGGAAAUGAUAUACCAGUUAUGCAAUCAAAUGACAACACUGAAAAACAAAAUAGUGUUGAAAAUAAAGCUCCUGAGGAAGGUGAAGAAACAGAUACAGAAAUUGACAUACCAACAGAACCUAAUAAAAAUCAUAUUAAUAAUUUGGAUGAUAAUAGAGAUAGUAAUGAUUCAUCGGAUUUCUUCAAACUGGACAAACCAACUAAGGAACUAGAACAGCCUUUAGAUUUGGGAAAACUUAAUAUAAAUUCAUCUGGAAAAACCACAUCGACACAAAGUUCAAGCAGUGAAUGUUUUAAUUUCAAGAAAAAGACAGUAUGUCAAAUAAAUGAUUCAUCUUCUGACACUGAUGAGGAUCUUAAUUUUAGAAGAGCAAAAAAAUCAUCCAGGAUUAUUAACAGUCAAGAUAUUGAAUCAGAUUCAACAGAUGAUGAAGAUCUUUUUAAAAACAAAAGGAAGUCUUCUGUCACUCUCGAGGGCUCUGUCAAUACAAAUGAUGAUUUAAGUAGAAGUAAUGUUAUUGCCCGGGACAGUAUUAUUAAUGAAUCAGACACAGAAGAAAAUUUAAGUAAUAGAGUGGAUUUUGAAAAAAGCAUUCCAGCCACUCAAAACAUUUCUGCAGCUGAAUUAAAUGAUACUGAUUGCAUUCCAGCAACGCAAGAAAUUGGCUCUAUUAUGCCUGCUAAACCUAAAACUCUUAGUCAAAUAACCAAUGCAUCUUCUGAGGAGAGUUUUCGAUUUGGGUUAACAGAAAUGAUGACAGAAGAGUCGCAAGCAGCAAAUAAAAAUAUAAACUCGCAAGAACCGUGCUAUUCAAAGUCUCUUAAAUCUCCUGUACUAAUUAGGGAAGAAAGAGAUGAUAACGAGUUGUACGACGGUGCAACUCAAAAAAUUGAUCUUCCGAAGAAGAAUACUGAAAAUUCAUAUGAAGAUAAUACAGAUUUAUAUUUAGCCAGUGCUCAGAAAGUGCAGCCCAAGAAAACUGCACCUGAAACUACAGAAACGGCGAUAGAAGAACCACCGCAAGCAUUAAAUAAAAGUAAAAACUCGCAAGAACCGUGCUGUUCAAAGUCGCUAAAGUCUCCUGUGUUAGCUAGAGAUGAAAGUGAAGAAACAGAUGAUACUCAGUUAUUCGAAGUCCAAACACAAAAAAUAGAUUUUUCAAAGAAAACUACAGAAAAUAUAUAUGAAGAUAAUACAGAUUUAUAUUUAGCCAGUACUCAGAAACUACAGCUUGUGAAACCUAUAACUUCAAACAUUUUGGAUGAAAGUGAUGGUGUUUCGCAAUUAUAUGAUGUUGCAACACAAAAACUUGACAUACCAAAAAAGAAUGCUGCGAAACCUGCACCAAUAACUUCUAAACAGACAGAUGAAAGUGAUUUUUAUUUGGCCGCAACACAGCAACUGCCUCUAGAUCUCGGAAAAAAGAGUGCAUUAAAUAAAGAUGAUACAGAUGGCAUUUUUAGUGCACCGACUCAGAAAGUUUUAAAACCCACUCCAAAUGAUCUUGAUCCAGAUGAUGAUGAUGAAGAUGAUGACGUAUUUGAUAAACCAACACAAUAUGUUCCUGUAUCCAAUGUGCCAAAGAAAUUUUCAUUCAAGAAAAUUGAUUGCAAUUUGGAUGGAUCUCUCUCAACUUUGCUAAAGCAUGAUUCGGAGAGGGACAUGAUAAAGAGUAGCAUUGAAGUAGAUUUUAGUGAUUUAGCAACUCAUCAUGUUGAAAAUAGGCCAGUAAAUCCUAUUUCACAAGUGCUAGAAAAAACGUUUGAGGAGGAGACUGAAAAAAUGAAGAUGGAGGAAAAGUUAUCUGUGGAAAAUAAAAAUGAAGAAAAUAAUUCUAAAUUAAAUUCUGAUGAAGAUUUAGUUGAAAAACCUGAUACUACAGCCAGUAAGACAGUUAUACCAAGAAAAAUUAAAGAAAGAGAAAUUGAAGAAGUCAAUAAAUCAAACAAGGAUCAAAAAUCUAAAAAAGAAACUUUACCAGAAAACAAAGAUAAAAACGGAGAAAAAGAAUUAUCAGCUGAUAGUAAUAAAAAUAUUGCCACAAACGUAAACACUCAGGUCAGUGGCAGCAAGAGAGCACCAACUAAAAAUAAAGAAUUAUCAAUUGAUGAAUCAAAAGGAAAUCCAACUAAACCAAAAACUUCAAAAGCCAAAAGUUCAAACUUCUUUAACACUCAGCAAUUGCUUGAGGUUUUAGACGAUUCUAGUGAUGUUGAAGAUAAAGCAGCUAGUGUUGAGAAAGAACAUGUUACGGCAGAAAGUAGCUUAAAACAUAAAGUAACUAAGAUAGAUGAUACUGUUCCAGUUCAUUUGAGUAAAGAGGAGGAAAAAGCGAUUCCUGCAAGAACAAGAAAACCAAGAAAAAGAUUAUUAUCCACUGAAGGUGAAACUAGUAAAACUCGAAAAAUAUCUGUUAAGGAAGAUAAAACCGCAGCUCCUCAAGCCGUACGAGUUUCAAGAAGAAAACUUCUUUCAAGUUCUGAACUAAAUGAAAAUUUAUCAAUUAAAGAACCGUAUCAAGAGGAAAGAACAAAUACGACAAUUAACACUACAACGUCCGAAAUUAACCAGUCUAUAGCUAUAUUGGAAUCUAAAAUUAUGAAAACCAAAAAGUCUAAUACUACCUUGGUCAAUAUCGGGCAUCUGGACUUGAAGGUGCCGAAAAACAGAAGGAGUAUGGCGAUUGUGGAGCAAGAUGAAGUUCUUCCAGCGGAUAAUACAAGAAAAAGUAAUAUAACGCGUGGGAGAAGUAAAGUUUCCACAAAGAAAAGUUUGCCUGAAAAAUCUAGUGUCAGUUUAAGAGGAACGCGUAAAGCCUUAACCGAAACAGUUAAACCUUCAGCAUCUAGUACAAGUGCAAUUAUGACAGAGAGCAGAGUGGCUAAAAUGUUCCCCGAAAAUAGUGUUGUAGUAAGAACAAUGAGAGGUGAACAGAAAUCGGUGGAAACCAGUAGCAAAAAUGCUGAACAGGCCAGUAAAAUCAUCCUAGAUAAAAAUUCCAUCCUUGAUUCCAAAAAUAAACCUAAGGAAACCAGUGACAGCCUCCAGAAACCCAUGGCGAAACCUCGGACAUCUAGGGUUGGUAAGAAAGUAACGGUAAGCGAAGAUAAUGGGUCUGAAUCCAGUGACACAGGCAGCAUGAGAGGUGAACAGAAAUCGGUGGAAACCAGCAGCAAAAAUUCUGAACAGGCCAGUAAAAUCAUCCUAGAUAAAAACGUAUCUGAAAAAACUAAAAAAGAUAUACCUGAAUCUAAAAAUGAAACCAAGGAAACCAGUGACAGCAUUCAGAAACCCAUGGCGAAACUUCGGGCAUCUAGGGUUGGUAAGAAAGUAACUGUAAGUGAAGAUAAUGGAUCUGAAUCCAGUGACGCAGGCAGUAGAAGAAGUGAGUCAGUGGUUAAGACAUAUCCUGGAAAAUCGACAAAAAGAAAACACGUUAUGGAUCGUACCGCUUCGGAAAGCAGCGAUGCCAGCUCGAUUUCGUCUAUGUCGACACCGAAAAAACAAAAGAUGCAGCUGAGUGAGACCUUUUCAAGUCCUGAGAGGGGUUUGAGAAGACAGAAACCAAAAGUCGUUUUCACCAUGAUGGAGAGUCCCCAAAUGGAAUCUUUUAUAAAACAUUUAGGCGGUAGCGUGGUAGACUCUGUGACCACUUGUACAGUCCUCGUGACAGAACAUGUGAAGAGAUCACAAAAGUUACUGUGCGCUGUUGGGUCGGGUAAACCGAUUUGUUCGCCAAAGUGGAUAAUAGCAUCCAAAAAAGCUCACGAAUUUCUUGAUCCUUGGGAUUACAUUCUACAUGAUACAGAGGCGGAAAAGAAAUGGAAAUUUUCUUUAAAAGAAUCGUUGAACAAGAGCAAAGAUCACAAGUUACUAGAAAACCAUCAUUUCCUUAUUCAAGUUAUCACAGCGGUAGAUGUUUUAAGAGGCGCCAUUGAAGCUUGCGGUGGGAAAUGUAUAGCGAAAAUACCUUCAUCGCCUUUAAAUAAUACUUAUGUUAUUUCGUCACCUGAAAACCAAACCAAAUAUAAGAGAAUCUUAAAACAGCAUGCCAGUGUUAAAGUAAUUGAAGCAGAGGCCAUUUUUGAUGGAGUUUUGAGGCAGGAGCUCAGAUUCUCAAAUCACUUUUUAACCUAAAAUUAGAAGUAGAUUUAGAUUUAGUGUAGAUAUAUUGUACCACUGUGUUUAUAA